AAGCUUCACGCACUGUAUUGCGAUCUUGAUACGCUGUUGAACUUCGAUAAACAUCCGAAUUCAAGAUUUUUUUCUUAGAGUGAGGCGUUCGUGAGGAAAUAUAUGAGUAAGAAUUGACUUAAGGCGCGAAGAAGAGUGACGUAAAAUAGCUUUAAAAACGGAUUUUCACGUUCACCUAAAUGAGUCAGGGAAGCAUGUAAGGUCACCAAUCGAAGAACGAUGGGAAAAGAUCGAGAGUUAACGUAAAGCUGCAACACUGUUAUUUCAUCACAGGAUGGAGGAAAGCGACGACGACCCGGUUCUCGGUGUUGUCAAGUGGGAGAAUUUUCUUCAGGACUACAGCAAAGAUGGGGACUACAUUCAUGGCUUUGUGACUACUGAAUCAAGCGUAGACAAUGUCCUGGAACUGUACAGAAAAGCUACCAAAACAACAUUCUGCACCCGCCGGUCUUCAUCCCUGCAAGUGGAUCCGCUCAAGUCCAAGAAUAAGAAGUUCUGCACUCGCUCAUUUGUUUUCUGCAGGACCAUCAGCCCACGCAUCGCCGAUGAUGGAGUUCCCUUCACGUAUGGUGGCAUGAAGAUACUGGAGUGCCAAUAUGGACCUAAAAGGGAGCAUAGAAGAAAGAGUGAUAUAGAAAGCACGUGUUCUAAUGAGAAUAUGAGAAGCAAUCAUGAAAACAUGGAAUCCUGUGGACUGAAGAGGCCCAAAAAGAGACUUUCCGCUGGAGUCACCAAAAAGAAAGGAUGCCAGGCCAAAAUCUCAGUUUGGCACAUCUGCAGGUUACCAGAGUACGUUGUGACGGCAAAGAGGAGUGUGACAAUUUGGCAAACCAAAGCCAAAGAGAGGCUGCUGCAAGACUUGGAGGAAGGGAAGGAAGUGACAAAGGAAAGCCGGUUUUACAUCAGUUUUCCUCUCCGGCGAGCCCACACCGAACAUUUGUCGUGCGGCCAAACUGAAGCCCAACCGCUCCACCCGCAGAUCAUCCAGUGGAUCGAGCAACUCGUCGAUCAAGGCAUCACCACCACAAGGGACGUUCAGGCGGUCCUCCAGCACAACGUUCAAACCAAAAUGUCUGACGGCGUGGCACCGGAUGAGCAGCAUCGGGCGUAUUAUCCCACGCUCAAGGACAUAGCAAAUCACGUCUAUAAAGCCAAAGUGAAACGGCAAGCCGUGAACGAGGCAAAAAGCGAUGACAUCACAACAACCCUCAUGUUACUCGAUGCAUCACGCAGCCUUACCGAAGACGCUCAUCAUUCCCACCACGCGGCGAGCUACUCCGAUGAAGCUGUUUGGAAAGUAAGAACGGAGCUACAUGAAGAACUCAACGCCAUGUGGGUGUCGUCCACUAACUGCACCGACGCGGCCCCGCUGGCUGAGCUCAAGGCGGCCAUCAAGGCUCUCCACGACCAAUUUGUUGCGAACGUCGCGGAGCUGAGACACACACCAAAGCAUCAAGAAGAAAGCGCGGCCACGUCCGCUUUGUCACCGGCAAAGAUGGCGAGAGUGGACAGUAAUUUAUACGCUUACUUGACUCUGCAAGACUAAAACAAAAUGUCUUGCUGUUCCUGGAUUUGUUCGUGCCUUUUUUUUUUACCUUUUGUGACAGAUGAGCUCUAUGUUGGAGUAAGCUUUCACAAGUCCAGGAAAUCCUUGACAAGAACGCUUUUGUAACACCGUGUUGCAUUUUUUUUUUUGUACUUUGCCAGUUUGUGACGAGAUCAAGUCAUUUUGAAAAGCACUAACUGGUUCUGACACUUGACAAUGAAACAAUGCUCUGACCUGAUUACAGUUUAAUUAAAUUUAAAGAACAAUGCGAGUCACCUUAUACUUUGCAGCAGUAGUGUGGCGGUUCAUUUCAACAAGUUUUCAUGGUAUGAAAUUCCUCAAAUUAUAUACAUCUGUGCUUGUCAUAGAAUAUAUGUGAUGACACAAUUUGGAGGAGGGGGCCGGGGGGGAACCCAACACAAGAAUACAAAAGCCCCCAAUUUACAGCUUUAAAUUAUUUUAACUUUUGGUCAUUCCUCAGCUUGCCUCGACUCACAUAAUCAAACCCCGUGAUACCAUCAAACCUGAAAAAAAAAAGGGGGAUAUCGACUCUUCGUCACAAGAGAGAGUACAGGUAGGUACAACCAGAAGGAAGACUCCGAUUAUAAAGUGCAAAUACGGCGAAUGCUAUUAACAACAAAAGGGGGUGGGGGCUAGUUGAUGCAGUCCAUGAUGUGAAUCUGCAGGGAGUCCAUAUCUGGCAGGAUUUCGUUGCACUUUGGACAGACGUGUUCAGGAAUACUGCCCUGUUGUUGCCAGUCAGUGCCUGCGAGACAGAAAAAAAACUGCUGAGUGGACAGUAUUUAUUCCCAGUCUGUUUGUUUUAAGCAUCACAUGCAUGGACAAGAA